UGAGCACAUAUGCUUUUUAAUUACCCAAAAAAUAAGAAAAAUUGGCUACAGUUUUGCCCAAGUCUCUCUUUCUUCUAAAAAUCUCUAGAAGGGUUUUAGAAUGUGUUAAAUGUUGAAGGUGGCACCCAUUGCUUCCAAAGGAACAUGUCUUGGUGUUGCCUGAUGGACUGACCAGAUAAUGGUUCACUUUCAGGCAAUCUUCCAAGUAUAGUUCAGUAUAGAAGAAUGGGACUGCAAAAGAUCAUUGGUGUUAUCAAUACAUAAAAGAAAUUGCUGAAGUGCUUCAGAAACUCUAAAAAAUCGUGGGAGACUGGACGAAACCUCUAAGAAGGGGCUAUGCUGGUCUGAGCUAAAGCGUACUGGUAUGUCACGGUGGGGUGUUUCUCGACUAGUUACCUUCGAGUACAAACACUGCAAUGCCAAAAUGUCACCCAGCAUCGUUAAGGAGAAUGAAUUUCAGAAAGAUGUUGGAGAAGCUGUGACAGCUGAAUCUUCAGGGUCAGAAAGUCCAAACAGAAAGCACCUAAAACUUGGCCAACUUAGAGAGGCAAGAUCUACAAAAUGUGCAAAAUUAAAGCGACAGAACAGUAGUUCUUGUAAAUCUAAGCAUAAAAAGCUUGAGAAUACCAAGGACCGAUGGUCUGCUGAUAGGUAUAAGCUGGCAGAGCAAAGUAUGCUAGAGAUCAUGAAGGAUGAAGGGGCUGUAUUUGAGAAUCCAAUAUCUCGACCAGUGCUGAGAAUGGCAGCUCGUAGACGCAUUGGUGAUACUGGUCUCUUGGACCAUUUGCUGAAGCACAUUGAUGGUAAAGUGGCACCAGGUGGUGCAGAAAGGUUUAGGCGCUGUUACAACACUGAAGGAGUGAUGGAGUACUGGUUGGAGAAUGCUAAUCUAGUUAAGAUUAAACAGGAGGCUGGGGUGGCAGAUCCUAAGUAUGUUUCCCCAUCAUCUCGGUGGAAGUGUAGUGGUGGCUCUUUUCAGGAGUCUGUUUGUGCUGAAGAACUGAAGAUGCUUAAAGCUGAAAUGGAGAAAAUGAAGAGGUGUUCUUUCCUUUUCAGAGAUAUGCAGGAGCUGGUGUCGCAUCAGUGUGAGCAAGAUCAAGCUAAUCCAGUUGAGGAUACACACAGGAAACUAGUGAGAUGGAAAGCUAAAACGGAUCAGCAUCUAAUGGAGCUAUCAAGUUCUUUGAGUGGAAUACAGGAUAUGCACAGGGAAUUGAUAAAAUGGAAGGCUAAAACUGAGCAACAAUUGAUGGAAAUAUCAAGUACAUUAAACAGUAUGCAGGCUUUGAAGCAACGCAAUGCCUUUAGCUCUCCAGAUCAUCCAUAUCAUGAAGGAUGGGAAGAUUGGCUGGAGAGCACCAACCUGGUUAAUAUUCAAGAAGAAGAUAUUGUACCUAUGUUAGGGAACACUGAUACAGAAAAUGUUGGUCAGGAAGUUGCAUUGCGGGAUAAUUUAGCUCCACUAUCUCACUUGAAGCCUGGUGAUAGCCCUUCUCAGGAUCCUGUUUGUGCUAGGGAGCUCGAGCUGCUGAAGGAAGAAAUGGCUAAAAUGAAGAGAGAUAUGCAGGAGCUAGUACCAAGGAGGCAAGAGGAAGAUAAAGUUAAUGUUACCCCAGAUUCUUCUGUUAUUACCAAUUCAAAAUUAGAUCUUGAUAAUUCGUUACUUAUUUUUCAGGAAAUGUUUAAGGAGCUGGUGAAAUGGAAAGCUAAAGUGGAACAACAAAUACUGGAGAUUUUGAAUGCAGUUAGUGGUAUGCAGGCAUCAAAGAUAUAGACUCCCUUGACUCUCUAAGAUGGACUUGAUAUGAUGGGAUAGGAUCUUAGCUAUGUAUUUAUUAUCUAGACACUGUGGUCAUCCUUAUAUUAGUAGAAUAUAGAUAAUUGUACAGAAUAUAUGAAUCUGAAGCAUAUGGUUCAUCAAUUUGACGUGGAUGAAAAACCAGUAGGAUAUUCAUUUAACCUUUAAUGAUGUCUGUUGCUGUCUGACAGCUACUGACUUACUACCCAACUAAUUUUUGCGAUGAAGCCUAACUGAUCGUAGGCUGUAGUAGACAAAGCUAGACGUCUGUACUGUAGAUUGGUUUUAGGAAAGUAUGCUGUCUGCCCCAACGACUUGAAUGUCUUGUGGAUCUAUGCAUAUUUAUAUAUUUUGCUUUUGAUCUGGUGCACUAAAA